AUGGCACAUCAAGUUGCAAUAUGGGACUUUGAGACAAUCGACACCGCUGACGUUAUAGAUGAUACCGGGUUGUUGGAGAUAGAACCUAUUAAUGAACUUCACGUGGACAAGAACGUCAACCUCUUCUCAAUGAUCAAGAUGAAUGAAGUUGGAAAUAACUUUUGGCUGGCUCAGGAUGCCAAUGGAGCCAUAUGGAAACUUGACCUUAGUUUUUCAAAUAUUACCCAAGACCCAGAAUGCCUCUUCUCUUUCCACUCUGGUCCCAUUGCAGCCUUGGAUGUUUCUCCCCUCACUUAUCUCAUGGCCACAACUGCCUUGGACUGCUCUGUGCGCGUCUAUGACUUUGCUAGUAAAAACCCUUUGGUUCACAUGAGAUUCAAACAAGGAGGCACAUCCCUCAUCUGGGCACCCCGAUCAGUAAGCAUUUCUGCAUCCCAGAUCGUAGUAGGAUUCCAAGAUGGUGUCGUUCGAAUUCUUGAACUUUUUGAUCCAAAAGGACUUACAGUUUUUGCAGGACGGAAGAAAAUCUUAGAUGCUGAGUUACAUUUGAAAUAUGUCUUCAAACCUCAUACUGAAGAAGUUACGGCUUUAGCUUAUGAACGUGAUGGCGAGAUCUUAGCCACUGGGAGUGCGGACAAGACUGUUUUCUUUUUUGAUGUGGAGAAGGAAUACAAGCCGGUUGGUUUUUUUACCACUCCUGGGCCUAUUUGUCAGUUGAUGUGGUCUCCAGCCAAUCAUCCUGAAAGCACUUUAUUGAUCAUCUGUGAGAAUGGCUAUAUUCUUGAAUGUCUAUGCCCAACCAUUAAGGAUGUAGAUGAUCAGAAUGUUACCACGUUUGCAAUCCCAGACAUGUUACUCAGAUGCUUCCAUUUCACGAGUGUCAAAUCUAAGAUUUUGAGAUUUAUGGAAGUACAAAGGAGAGAAAAACAAAAGAUGUUGAAGGAGAAGGAAAGGGAAGAAAUGAGGAGGAGGCUAGCAGAAGAGAGAGAAGCCUUUGGGGAAGAGGAAAUACCAGAGGAGGAGGAGGCCACUGAAGAAGAGGAAGAGGAGGAGGAGCCGCUGCCUGAGAUCUUCAUGCCACCAACACCCUCUCCUGUCCUGUGCGGCUUUUACUCAGCUCCAGGGAAGUUCUGGGUGUCGAUG